CGCAGCCAUGAGAGAAAACCUUCGGCAAGUCGCAACCAUUUUCCUUGUACAACUUUCCCGAGAAAAUUAAACUUUCCGACAAAAUAAGCCAUCGGAAGGCGAAUAGAGAGGUAAAAAGAAAGCGAAAGCUUUGAAUCUUUGAUCGAGUGUGUUUGUUUGGGUUCAUUUGAAUGGUGAUUUCGGGUGAAAGUGAAGAGGGGAAGAAAGAAUCGAUGGCGAUGGGACCAGAAAGAUCGAAGCUUUUGCAUAAUUUCACUCUGCCUUCUAAUUUGAAGUGGGGGAGCCGGAGGUUUCUGAGGUGUAUGAAGGUCGAUUCGAAUGGCGAAAACUCCGUCAUUGAUCGCCGAUUCUCGCUUUCGCAGGUUGAGAAUGGUUUUAUCAGAAGGCAGGGAGAGUCGGAAACGGAGAGGUUUGGAUCGGUGAACCGGAUGGGGAGUUUCGUGGUUUCGCGUUCGGUGGUACCGGAGGUUAGGCGUUCUGGUUGUGAAUUUAGCGGCGGCGAGGAUGGAAUCGAAGUGGUGAGAGCGAAAUUGAUGUCGGAUUUACGAAACGAAGCUGGUAAGAUGAAAGAUGCGAUUCUUAGGGAAAAUUUCGUGAAAAAGCCGCCAGUGGCGGUGAUUCCGGCAGUGGCCGAACCAUUGAAGCCGUGGAACUUGAGGAAGAGACGAGCUGCUUGUAAGGAUCCGAAUGGUGGCGACGGUGUUUCUGGGGGGAAAAUUUCCAUGGUGGACGUGGUGAGGCCUAAUUUUGCUUCGCCGGCAAGGAAUGACAGCAAAUCGCCGAGAUUGCGAGGCAAUGAUGUCGGUGGCGGUGGUGGUUGUGAUGAUGGUGCUGUUGGAGAGAUGAAGAAAAGGGCGAAAUUCUCGGUACCCCUUUCGAAGAGAGAGAUUGCGGAGGAUUUCAUGGCCAUGGUUGGACAUAGGCCACCUCGAAGACCGAAGAGAAGACCUAGGAUUGUGCAAAGAGACUUGGAUACUGUUUUUCCGGGAUUGUGGUUGACGGAGAUUAGUCCUAAUUUGUACUCAGUUCCUGAUGCUGCUGAGACAGGAAAGGUGGGUUAAAACUUGUACACUUUGCCAUCGAUUUGAGGGUUUACGUUGAGUUUCGCUGCUUAAUUUUAUUGACAAAUCUUUAGCAGAUGUAGUGAUGCUAUACCAAGUGAUGUUUCUUGAUGUUUGAUGGGUCAUCUGUUUGGUGAAGACUGAAAUUGACUACUAAUUUGUGGUAUAGCGCUCCAUUUUUAUGAAUUUGGAAUUUGAUGAAAGUGUUGAAUUUCUUUGGUACGUGUAAAGCUUAGUUGAUUCUGAAUGCGAAUUUUGUUUAUAUGAUCACGACUGCUGUUCAUAGUUCUUUAUGUUAGGGAAUAAGUUAAAUAGUGGAA